CAAAAAUGAUGUCACUUCCGGUUACUGAGGUUUGCUGCCGCUGUGUGUGUACAGCGUUACUCUCCGCUCUUUUCUAAAUAUUAUCGUUUUAUAUCCGAUAGCGACUGCUAAAAGUUGCAAAACAAGCUUGUAACACUCAAGCAUCUUUUCCUCUCAUUAAACGUCCUGCUAAUUUACACUGUUAUCUAAGUGUUUUCUCCGCUAGCGUAGCUCUUAGCUUACUUUCCUGCUAUGGCUUCCCCCUUUUCCUCUCCCUCUCGCUCUGUUCGGUGCUCGGUGUGUCUUAUGUUUAGCUUAUCCUCCGCCUCCUUUAGUGAUGGUAAUGGUAUCUGUAAUAGGUGUACGCUAGUUGCAGGGUUGGAGGCGAGGUUGUUAGACUUAGAGUCUCGGCUUCGCACUUUAGAAAACAGGCCAGCUAGCCAGGUCCCUUUAGCCGGUGCGGAGCCUCCUAGCUUAGCUGCUACCAGUCCCCCGGCAGGUCCCAGGCAGCUGGGCAACGACUGGGUCACGGCUCGUAAGAAACGUAGCUUUAGGCAGGCGCCCACGGUGCACCACCAACCGCUUCACGUUUCAAACAGAUUUUCCCCACUCAGCGACACACCCGCUGAGAAACCCACUCUGAUCAUUGGUGACUCCAUAGUCCGAAACGUGAAGUUAGAGAAUCCAGCGGUCAUAGUUAGGUGUUUGUCUGGGGCCAGAGCGGGCGACAUUGAGUCUUAUCUUAAGCUCCUGUCUAAGGAUAAACUUGUGCUUCUCUCCUCUCUUCCCCCCACCCCCACUCUUUCUCCCUCUCUGUCCUCACCCACAGGUAUCAUUGGACUCAAAGUUUGGUGUCUGUGAUGGGCAGCUGCGGAUCCAACCAUCCUGCCUGCAUCCAGUCCCUGGUCCUACCAUCCUGCCUGUGCUCUGUUGUUGCUUGUUGUUGCUUGUUGCUGUUGCUCUGCUUUUCUAUCUCUCUAUCCUCUCACCCCAACCGGUCGAGGCAGAUGGCCGCCCACAUCCAGUCUGGUUCUGCUGGAGGUUUCUUCCUCGUUAGAGAGGGAGUUUUCCUCUCCACUGUUGCUGUCAAAUUAAAUGCUUGCUGUAUGUGGGAUUUGUUGGGUUUAGUUGUGUGAGGUUUUAAACCUUAUUUUGUAAAGUGCCUUGAAAUAAC